UCUAUAUCCAUCGAUUGUAUCGAAGUCAUAACAUUUUAGAGCAUUAGUCUUACUAUAUAUAGAGAUCUAGAUUCAAGCGUCUCAGGCAGUUAAGGUUUGUUCACCGGCCAGUCGGAUUCGUGUGGUCAUGAAAUGAAUCAAUCCAGUGAUGGAAGUCAAGACAAGUCAUUAAUCUUUUCUUUACACAACAUCAUUACAUUCCAUUGUCAGGUUCCCACUGUGAUUAGAUUGCUCAAAGAAAGAUGUCCAACGUGUUUUCAAGAGAAGGUCCGACUGGUGUCUGUGUGUGCAACUUGUGGGUGGAAGACAGCUCAGGUGUGUGACAGCUGUGAGAGGGAUAAGGCGGAAAACGUCAAGCACAAGUUGAUUGACAUCCCACUACAUCGUAUAGAGGAUUGUGUGGAGAAGCUCCACCGUAAGACGUUAAAGCGUACAUGGAGGAAGAGACCUCAACCAACGAGCCUGAAUACUGUAAGCCAAGAAACUAUCGACAUAACCACAACACCAGGUACCAGUUUAGAGACAGAGCUUUCUCUUUCAGAUACGUCAGCAGUUCUAAACGACAUUCCCGUAAAACUUGAACCCCCAAUUUCACCGGAGCCAACAGUGCUUGAGCCAACAGAGUCAAAUACUUUACACUUUUUUUCAAACUUAACAUCUAACCCUUCAGCACCAAAACGCAUAAGGAAGCCUACACAAAAAACUGAGACGAUAUUUAUUAUGAAUCAAAAGAGAAAAAGAAAACAUACAUUAAAACCUACACCCAAACUUGUCAGGAGUACUGAAACAAAUUCAAUACCAAAACUAAAAACAGCAACAGAAAAUAAAUCAACACUGAAACCACUCAGGACAGAUGAAACUAAUUCAGUACCGCAACUGGCCAGGACUACUGAAACUAAUUCAAUUUCGAAACUGACUACAGCAAAUGAAGGGAAAAUAAAAAAGAAACUUGCCAGGACUACUGAAACUAAUUCAAUACAUAAACUUGACGGGAUUGCUGAAACUAAUUCAUUACCAAAACUGGCCAGGACUUCUGAAACUAAUUCGACUUCAAAACUGGCUACAGCAACUGAAAUGAAAUUAACACAGAAACUUUCUAGAAUUGAUGAAACUAAUUCAAUACCAAAACUGGCCAGGACUUCUGAAACUAAUUCGACUCCAAAACUGGCUACAGAAACUGAAAUGAAAUUAACACAGAAACUUUCUAGAAUUGAUGAAACUAAUUCAAUACCAAAACUGGCCAGGACUUCUGUAACUAAUUCGAUUCCAAAACUGGCUACAACAAAUGAAGUCAAAUUAAAAAAGAAACUUGCCAGGACAUCUGAGACUAAAUCAAUAGCUAAACUUGCCGGUAUUGCUGAAACUAAUUCAAUACCAAAACUGGCCAGGACUUCUGAAACUAAUUCGACUCCAAAACUGGCUACAGAAACUGAAAUGAAAUUAACACAGAAACUUUCUAGAAUUGAUGAAACUAAUUCAAUACCAAAACUGGCCAGGACUUCUGUAACUAAUUCGAUUCCAAAACUGGCUACAACAAAUGAAGUCAAAUUAAAAAAGAAACUUGCCAGGACAUCUGAGACUAAAUCAAUAGCUAAACUUGCCGGUAUUGCUGAAACUAAUUCAAUGCCAAAACUGGCCAAGACUUCUGAAACUAAUUCGAUUCCGAAACUGGCUACAGCAUAUGAAGUGAAAUUAAAAAAGAAACUUGCCAGGACUACUGAAACUAAUUCAAUACCGAAAUUUGCCAGGACUACUGAAACUAAUUCAAUACCGACACUUGCCAGGAUUACUGAAACUAAUUCAAUACCGAAAUUUGCCAGGACUACUGAAACUAAUUCAAUACCGACACUUGCCAGGACUACUGAAACUAAUUCAAUACCGAAACUUGCCAGGAUUACUGAAGCUAAUUCAAUACCGAAACUAGCCAAGAGUACUGAAAUGAAAUUAACACCCAAAAUUACAAAAAAGCCUACAGACGUCAAGAUAGUAUCCGCAGCAAAAGAAGAACAGACCAAAUCUUUAGCCAAGUCUAUUUUCCCUGAGAGAGAGAAACGUGUCCAGAUCUCAACUACAGAUGAAGCUUUGCACAGUAGAAAUACAAAUACUUCCACGUCUACAAACAUAAAUGGUAAAAGAACAAAUGAUCAACGAAGUGAACAACACCUUGGCGUGAAAAGAAAACUCAAUUUUGGCCAUGAUUCUGAUGCAGAGUCUUUAAAAGAUAGUACAAGCAAAGACUAUUCAAAAUCUGAGUUUCAAGCAUCAAUAGAAUUACCAGCCUUAGACUUUGCUUCCGUCAUUGAGAAUUGCUUAUCCAAUAGUUCACCGUUUAAAGAUCAUGUGACCAAGGAAACUUUGAUUCAAGAAUGUAAUGGUAAUAAGAGUACAUGUAGUGAUCCCAAGGCAAUGGAACAUGUUGCCAGUCAAAAUUCAAGUAAAGCCGUUCUUGACAGCUCUGAGAAGCGAAACGAUUCAGUCACUAAAAACUACGACCAAAACGAGCAGCCUGUUUGUAAUGGGGAACAAGUGGAUCAACAGUUGAAAUUGCAUAAAUCAAAUGACCAACCAGAUCUGAGCAUAGCCGUGUCUAGCAAUAGUACCUUCAACAGUAUGACCACCUCAGAGCAAUCUACAAGUCAUCCAGGAAUUUCUACCCAGAUUCCUAACAGCAGCAGUCAACCAAUGAAUAUUUAUGACACAUUUAGUACACAGCCCCCAUCACAACAACAUUUUAGCAGUAGCACACAUACAUUCAAUGCCACAUCACAGGCUUUUCCACAAAUUACUUCUCACGUAAGCGCAGCCUAUUCUUUACCAAGCAAUUCCCAGUCUGCAUUGAAUCAAUGCCCUAAAGAUCCUCCAGUGUAUCAGAUUCAAUCAGGAGAUUUCAUACAUCCCUCCUCGAUGGAACGACCUCCAAAUCAAAACUCACAGAAUCACACAAAUCUGAAUAUUAAUCAUCAAAAUUUACUUUGCAGGCAGACAGAUAAUAAUUAUGCUCGUAGUUUUCAGUCUUCUGUAGACCCAACUCUUCACAACAAUAUGUUAAACAACCCAUCUUCAAGCGCUAGUCAGAUCAGCAACAACUCUUUUACGUCUAAUACAGCAGCCAUGAACACUCAAGUCAAUUUAAACAAUCAGCCAUCUUAUUGUCAAACCUUCUUUAACCAAAGUCCCGUAACUAAUCAGUCACCAAUCAAUUACGAUCGCAACCACUGCAACUUCAACAGUUUUCCUAAUAGUCAUGAUGUAGCAAUUUUAAAUCAUCCAACUCCACACCAUCAACCUCCUAGAACCAACAAUGUAGCCCCAGAGCAGACGUUUCUUACAAAUCAGAAUGCACACUGCUCUUUACAAACUCAAAAUAGCCAAACCCUUCACCCGGUUAAUGCUACAGGUAAUGUAUCGGGCCUAGUAGAAAAUCAAUCAACCCAUUUUAACAAUGGAAAUUUUAACUUCACCUCAGCUUUUGAGAAUGCCAAUGUUCCUAGCCAGUCAUUUCUUGAUAUUCAUUCCACAGCAGGUCAGACUGUAAGCCCAUCAGGAAACCAACAAACUGCACUAACCGGUUCACUUGUCAAUAGUAGCCAGUUGACCUAUAACACACAAAUAUCAAAUACUCACAAUAAUACAAGCAAAUGUAGCUUCAAUUCUCUGCCAACUAUUAGCCAACCUAAUUUUAAUGUUCCAUCUCCGAAUAGUCAACAAGUCUUUAAUAACAUUUUUACGUCUCAACCUUUUUCUUAUAAUCCGGUUGUAAAUAACCAACCAGUAUUUACCAAUGCAGCUGUAAAUAACCAUCCACUAUUUAAUAACACAGGUGUAAAUAACCAACCAAUAUUUAACACAUUUAAUAAUGCAGCUGUAAAUAACCAACCACUAUUUAACAAAGCAAGUGUAAAUGAACAACCAAUAUUUAACACAUUUAACAAUGCUGCUAUAAAUAACCAAUCAGUAUUUAGCAACGCAAAUGUAAAUAACCAACCAGUAUUUAAUAAUGCAGCUAUAAAUAGCCAACCAGUAUUUAACAAUGCAGCUAUAAAUAGCCAACCAGUAUUUAACAAUGCAGCUAUAAAUAGCCAACCAGUAUUUAACAAUGCAGCUAUAAAUAGCCAACCAGUAUUUAACAAUGCAGCUAUAAAUAGCCAACCAGUAUUUAACAAUGCAGCUAUAAAUAGCCAACCAGUAUUUAACAAUGCAGCUGUUAAUAACCAACCAGCAUUUUGCAAUGCAGCUAUAAAUAACCAACCAGUAUUAGGCAAUGCUGCUGUAAAUAACCAACCAGUAUUUGGCAAUGUUGCUGUAAAUAACCAAUCAAUAUUUAACAAUGCUGUUGUAAAUAACCAACCAGUAUUUAACAAUGCAGCUGCCAAUCAUCAGUCAUAUUUUAACAGUUCAGUUUAUAAUGGUCAGCCAGUUAACAAUGCUUUUCAAAAUUGCCAGUCUGUUUUUAACAAUACAUCCUUUAACAAUCAACCAAUAUCAAACAAUGAAUUUCCUAAUUACCAACCUGCUUUAAAUAACUUCACUGCCAGUAGUGACGCACAUGGAUCUGUUAACUUUACAGCUGUAGGCAACCCAACAUGUACCCAACCUGUAUUUGUUAACAACCAAACAUUUCUGAACAGUCAGGAUACAAGCAUUCAUUGUUUCAAUAGUCCUGCUAUGAAUAACAACUUUGACAACACAAUGUUAAGCAAUCAAUCCAAUUUCCUAACUCAGCCUCUCAAUUGUGCCCCAGUGUACACCAAUCAGAGCUUUAAUGGACAGCCGAAUCAUAAUGAACCCUUUGUGAACUUUCUUUCUGUCUCUAACAACAAUAGUUCCAACAGUACAAACAGCCAAUGUGGUUUUAGUCCUCCUGACAACCAGUACCACAGUCAUGGAAUUAGUUCAAUGGUUUCUGAACGUAAUUCUGUCAACAGUCAUCCUAGUUGCAGCACGACUAUUGAUAGUAAUCAAUUUAAUACUAACACUAUUUCAGAAAACUGCCAGGAAGUGUUAAACGUACCUCCAGCAAGUAUCCACAAUAACAAUGACAAUACGUAUGUCAACAAUCCGUUACAAUUAGCUUAUCCUCCAGGAUCAGGCUCUGAGAUCUCCAAUAACCAAACUGAAAAAUCUACAGACAGCCAGACGGAAUUGUCACGUGAUAACGACCAAAGUUUCAGGGACAUGUGUUUAUCAAUCAACGAAGCUGAACAACAUGGGACUCAAUCUAAGACUGGCGAGACUUUCUUUCAGUGCGAUAAUAAUCAAUUUGAUUGCGUGACUGAGGCUUUUAACCCUCCUGGCGACUCCAUAACUGAGAAAAGAGCAUCAAAAGACCAAUCUCUACUUGGUUCACAAACUACUUCUGACCAGUCUUGCUUGUUCAAAGUAAAUCAAACUGAUCGAAAUCUCUGGAAUGAUAUUUCAUACCUUAUCCAGCCAGACGUUGCAGCCUCUUCCAUUAGACAAACAAAUGAACAUUUGGAGAUAGUUAAUCACACUCGAGAAAAAACAAUCCCAGAACAAUCAUCUUCGAUUGAAUCAUGUGCCUCAAAUCAGAUAACAAAUGAGAAUCCAAAUGUACAUAAUUAUUUUUCGAUCAAUGAUUAUCUUAUUGCUGAAAACUUCCAAGAUGAUCAAAGCCUAUGUAAUAAUCAAUCCCAAAUAAAUGAAACUUUCUUAAACUAUCUAACGCCAGCUGAAUCAGUCGAAUCUAGCACUGACAUUUCCAAUGAUGAAUCUUUUUUUGGCAGCCAUGAAUCGUCCAAUUUACUAGACGUUAUGGCUGAAAAUUCCAGUCUAAUAACCGUCUCACAAGAACAACAAGAAUCAAAAAAUAAUUCAUCAAAGAAUACAAAUGUUACUGACCAGUCCAAAAGUAAUGCAGCCACUGUCAGCUCUGACUGCGAUGCUACACAUGAAAAUAAACAACUACAGGAUGAUAUUCCUGAAGCAUCAUUCGAGAACAUUACGUCAGAUUUUGAUUUGCCACCAGUUUUACCAACUGUCAUUAGAGAAAGUUCACAUGAAAGUAAUGCGUCGAAAAAAAUGUCCAGUACUUCAAAUUCCACAUCAGAUGCAAAUGAAAGCCCAGAUCAACAUAGGAAAAGAAUUCAUAAAGGCUUACAGAACUCUAAACCGCCGUCAAGUGCUAAAGACAAACGUCCCCCAAUUCUCAGUACUUCGUCAAUUCUGAAUGCCCCUGUUCUAACUGAGCUGCUCAAUAGACCGUACAGAGGGGCUCCCUACAAUCUUCUACAGUCUUCUGGUAUUUGUCAUGUCUUACGAGAAUCAAAUGAAGUUCUUCAUGGUCAGCAGCUCAAGAAGACUGGCACUGUUGGUUCGAGAUUAAGUGGUUCAUUUGGCCAACAACAUUCUUUGACAUCUUCGGAUAAUUUAAACGUAGAAACUACAAAUCUAGUCAAUAAUAAUGAUCAAAAUAGUACAGAAGUUACAUCGAAAGAUGGAGUCAAUAACAAGGCUAGUACAAAAGUGAAUGAUUUAACUUCUAUGAAAGACUUAGACAAAUCUUCUUCUGAGGCAAUCAAUACUUCUGAACGCAAGGCUCCUAAAGUAAAUAUCCCACCGCCUGUUCAAUACGAUUUUGAAGAUGACUUUGCAAAUACAAUGAAAGAAAUUAUUUUAUUUCUGAAGUCAAUCGAUGAAACCAAACAAGAAACUCAAAGUCAGAAAAAAAUUAAAGAACAACUCAAUGACUUCUUUAAGUUGCUGAUGGAUCCAAAAAAUGAAAUGAAGCACAUGAAUGGUGAAACCAACGAUUCGAGUCCUAAAGGCGACAUAUGUUUUUCUGUGGACGCAAUCAGUUCUAAGAUGACCUCGAUUAUAGAUGAAUGGAAGCUCAAGUGUAUGUCAACUUUGAAAGUACGCUACAAUACCCUUCUAGAAGAAUGGCGAGACUCUAGCAUGGCUGGACUAAUGGACCAUUACGAGCAGUUGCUGGAGGAUAAUGCCUUUUGUAGUUUUAAAUCACGUUUCGACAAUCUCUUAGAAAACAGCAUUCUGUAUGCAUUAAAUACUAAUCCGAAAUUCGGAGUGCCCGACAAAAUCAGAAACUUUAUGGCCCAGAAUGUUUUCAUUGGCAGGAAUCUAAAAGCACCCACAAAAACUCUCAGUAAAAAAAUGAAAUUAAAAAUGCAAGGCAAAAAAACGAAUAAAAAAUAUUCAGCAAAGUUUUCGAGAGCUGCUGAAGAAGCAAUGCGUGAGGAUUUAUCAGACAAAAACGUCCAGAAUAUACCCGCUGUAGAUAAUAAUCAAGAUAAUGAGCCUUGUGAAGACCCAAGUUUUAACAACUUGCAGAAAGAAACUGACAAUGGCUUACAGAGUAAUGACAACAAAGCGAAUGGCCCACAGGAAAAGCCCACAAUAAGUGAAAGCUUACACAGUUUCAUAGAAAAUUUCCUGUAUGAAACAAAUGACGACGAGAAUGCAACAGAGGAGUUGGACUACAAUCAAUCCACAACUUGGGAGAUCAACUCAAAUGGUUUAACAGAAUGUGUGAAUGGCGAAGAUGACAUUGCGAUGGAAAGUACUGAAAAAGACAACUAUGCUGGUCACAGUGACGAAAUGUAUCAACACGAAACCUUUGCUGACAACAAGGGUGACACUGACGAUGAUAGCCAUAAACUUUUUAUCGCUUGCGACAUGUCUGAUGAAAAUGACCAACCAUUUCUUAUUGACUACUCAAGGCAGCAUGUAGCUUCACAUGAACUUCAAGCCAGUCACGAGCAUCUCUGUGAUCAAGCAAAUACCCACGAUUUGUUGGUAACAGAAGCGGAUGAUCGGUUAAUAGACGACGAUCCAGAAUAUUCUAAACUUAAUAAAGUCAUAGCUAAUUCCAAUCUAGCCAGACACGAGGAUAGCUCUAACCAGCCUAGUGCCAACGACUUGUGUGUUACAGCAGAUCCUAGACCAAACGAUGUAGAUCCUGAUAUCAACCCCAAUAGUCCCGAGGCUUGCCCUCGAAAAGCCAGUGACCACGACGUAUUUGAACCAGAACAAGACGAGCUAUUCACUCAAAGUAAAGAGAGUUUAGCAGAUAAUACACGACCUCCAAAAGAAUACACAUGGAUAAAUGUUGUCAAAGUGGAGAGCGAUGCUGAACCUGCUGUACUUUACAGUCGUCUGCUCCUGAACGAAGACUCUCCAAUCAGCGAAGUCAUGAAUGUCUUUAGCUGUAACAUGAAGACCUACAACAAGGAGCUCAGUUCCCUAUUUGAUGAGAUUGACUUCAAUACUGAUCCGUCCAAGACCCAAGCACUGACCAAGUAAACAGAGAAAUCUAUAAAGAUUCUUGAGGAUAAAUCCAUGAGUAAACUUAAACAAUGUAUGCCUUUUUUAUUUUUUAAUUUUAACCCUAACCAGAUUAAAACUGCCAAAAAACAGAUUCAACCACACUGAAAUCUCACACUGUCACUGUAUCUAAUAAUCCAUUAGAUCUGUCUGAUAAGAGUUACAUUAAAAAAACGAGCAAUAUAUGCACAAAAUAAAAGUGUUUUCUUAUUUUUAAUGUGAAUUACAAGUUAAAUUUAAAUCUUUGACUUUCUUUGUGAUUCUGUUUACUUGUACUAGUGUUUGCAGAAAACCUUCAUCACAUUGCAUUCUCUAUAAAUACAACAAAACAUUUAACAUUUUGAAUACGUUUUCUCUGCUAGUUUACUCAUGAGGUUUUAAAAGGAUAAGCUAUUUAUUACAAUUAUUUCUUUGUACAUGUAAUGUUCAUUAGACUUUUGUUUCAUUCGUACAACAAUAUGUCCGGCACAGUAGGCUCAAUCAUGUUUUUUACUAAGUCAACAUUUCAUCAUCAUCCAAUGAAUGACGACCUGGGAGACUCGCUUCUAUUUUCUGACUCUCUUUGACCUGGUUCCGUUCCUUAACUAGCUACUAAACCGAUUUUCUUUUCCCUUAGAAUGACAUUUGUAAUGGUGAUAGAACAUCUGUACCUCAAUAUAUUUCUUUGUUGACAGAUAUUUGAAGGAAUCAAUUAUAUUUAUAGAUUGAAAUAUUUUAUUUUAAAAAUGUAAUAUUUUGGAAUCAGUAAUAUGUAGAGAAAAAAGAACAAACGUUCCUAAAACUGUAUCCCUUGAACUGACUGCUGACCCAGAUUCUAAAGUUCUGGCCGUUGAUGGUAGUGUCUACUUCUUAAGAUAGGACUUGAUCUAACAUCAUCGAUCAGGGAGAGGAGUACUCUUAAUCUCAAACCUCCGCUGCCUUGAAGUAUUCAAACAUCAGAAGACAACCUUAAGGAGCCCUCUAUGCGGUGGGAGUACCAACUAUGAAAUUUCCUGCCACUGAGUUGUUGCCUAAUGUAAUGCGUAAUAUCAUUGCUUAGAAUAAUACCAGCUCAGGAAUGUACCCCAGGGUGGAAAAGCUGCUGACAAAUGUUUAAAACAUAAAGGGAGCAAAGUUUGUGAGUUACGGGUGUUCUAGAAGAUUACAGAAAUUUCUAUAUCUCCAUUCACAAUAUCAGAUUGCUAUGUUUUUCUUCUAUUUUGGGUUUAUUCUGUUAAAACUUGGUGUCCAUAUAUGGGUUUUGCGAAUGCAUCAUUUUGUCGCGGAUGUAUAAAGACAAAAAUAUUAAUUAAUUUAUUAUGUAUCUAACAUUUCUGAGAAUUCUACAUUAAGACGUUGUUUUUUUUAUGAAUAUUUGAAGGCAUUUUUUUUACUAUUCUUCAAUACGGAGUUAUAAUAUUGUUUUCGCUCAAUUUAUGUAUUUAUAUUGUAUCCGUGUCUUCAGGAUGUUGUUUUCACAGACCUAUGUAUUAUCCCUAGGCUAGAGGCACCGAUCUCUUAACACUACACAAAAAAUGUGAAAAACUUCAAAAAUCUGAAACAAGGUGUUGUUUAGUAAAGUAGUUAUAACAACGAACUUUUUUUUUCAAACCUAACCUAUGUAACAUAUAAAAUACAAGAUAUUGAUCUAAACUUUGAAAACUAAAGAUCAUAGCUACUCUAAGACAGACACGCGAUUUUUCAAGAUUCAGGGCGACUUCCCCUAGAGCUUGAAAAAGAGUUACGUAGGCCUAUAUAACUAUCGGAUAUGAAUUAGUCUGUUUUCAGUCUAGUUAUAUAUAAUAUAUAUAGGUCUGUGAUUCUGUGAUUGUUUCAUUUGGUUUUAUAAAUAUUUACCUUUUUUAUAUCAGUAAAUAAACUUUAUUUUUGUACUUAAAA